AUGGAACGGUUCAAUGCGAAGCUGGACGGCCUCAACGAGCGAAUCGAGGAGCUGGCGGCCCCAUCGCCAGGGAAGGGGUGGGCGGCUGCGCUGGCUUUCUCACAGCAAGCAGAGAAGUGUCUGGACAGCGGCACCGAGCAGCACGAGCAGCUCGCGGCCGCGCUGGACCACGCCAAGGAGCAGAAGAAGAAGGAGGAGGCGGCCGCCAAGCACGCCGAGCGCCUCAAGAAAGCCGAGGCGGAACGGGCAGCCAGCACCGCGCGAGAGCGCGCCGACAGGGACCGCAGCGCCAGCGUCGACACCGACAAGCGCCGCUGCCCCGACGGCGGAUACGCCGAGGAGGACCUCAUCGAGCUCGAGGCGGGUGCCAGUGAGCUCGACAUCAGCAAGGCCCUCAUUGGCGCGGGGGUCACUCCUGAGCAGGCUGACAAAGUGGUGGGUGCUCUCAAGUUCUUAGUUGGCGAGCUGCAGCCAGGCUGCGCGAUCACCGCGAGCCUGGCUGCGCACGCGGUCGACGCCAACACAGUGGGCUCGCUGGAGCGCGCCAUGAUGCAGAUCACCAGGCUCGACGACAAGGACGCCAUCGUCCUGGGGCAAGAGCUGCAGACCAGUGUCGCGCGGCUAGAGUUGUCCCAGACACGCAUGCGCAAACAGGGGUGGGACACAGGAACUGCGAGCAGCGCUGAGACCGACUCAGGACACAGCGCUGGAGUUUUGAUUGCGACGGCACGAAGCAGGGGCAUGGACUUCGUGCGCAAGGGGAUCAACCAGUGGGACAUCAGCCCACGCGAGUCCAAGCGGCGACUCGCAUUGGCCUGGGUCGACGCCUACAGCAGGACG